CCGUGCAGUAGCACUAGCUAUCACUUCCGCCUCCCGGUGACACGUCCGGUGUUUUUUUAUGGCUCCGGUCACUGUGUUGCUGCUGCUUCUGCUGUUUCCCGGGAGGCCGGUAGUGGCCCCGGAGCCCGGGUCACAGACCCCUAACCUGGUGUUAGCCUUGCUGGUCCGUAACGCCGCUCACGCUCUGCCCUACUGCCUGGGGGCGCUAGAGAGGUUCCGGUACCCCAAGCACCGACUGUCCGUAUGGUGCGCAACAGAUCACAAUGAGGAUGCAACCAUUGAGGUGCUACAAAAAUGGGUUGAAGCCGUACGCCCACUGUACCGCUCUGUGGAAUGGAAGGUGCAGCACAGACCCAGGUGGUAUCCUGAAGAGACUGGACCUAAACACUGGCCUAGGGAACGGUAUGAGCACGUGAUGAAGCUGAAGCAGGACGCACUGGACUACGCACGGGCGCACAAGGCUGAUUAUAUACUGUUCACAGACGCUGACAACAUACUGACCGACGAGGAAACACUGCUGCUGCUGAUGACUGAGAAUAAAACACUAGUGGCUCCCAUGUUAGAAUCACAGACUGGUUACUCUAACUUCUGGUGCGGUGUGACACCCCAGGGUUUCUACCGUAGGACCCCUGACUACUACCCCACAAGGAAUCGACAGCGCACAGGCUGUUUUCCAGUACCCAUGGUUCAUUCCACCUUCCUCCUGGAUCUACGGAAGGAAGAGAGCCGGAACCUGGCGUUCUACCCUCCUCACCCCAACUACAGCUGGAGCUUUGACGACAUUAUUGUCUUUGCUCACUCAUGUCUGGCAACAGGUGUGCAGGCCUACGUGUGUAAUAAGAAUCGCUAUGGUUACAUUAAUGUCCCACCGCUGCCACACCAGAGUCUUGAGGAUGACCAGCUGAACUUUGUGCAUCUAAUGCUGGAAGCCAUGGUUCACGGCAUCCCAAUGCAUCCCUCAGAGUUUGUGAAACCCUUGCCGAAGAAUCUAGACAAGAUGGGUCUUGAUGAGAUUUUCCUGAUCAACCUGCUUCGCCGUCCUGAGCGGCGUGAGCAGAUGCUGCGUUCCCUCUAUGAGCAGGAGAUCUCUUGCCGUGUGCUGGAUGCUGUAGAUGGGAGUGCUCUGAAUAGCAGUUACAUCAAGCAUCUGGGAGUUAAUCUGCUGCCCGGAUUUUACGAUCCAUUCUCUGGACGAACUUUGACAAAGGGCGAGGUUGGCUGCUUCCUGAGUCAUUUCCACAUCUGGGAAGAGAUUGUUGAGCGCCAACUGGAGAGCGCACUUGUGUUUGAAGACGAUGUACGUUUUGAAGCAUUCUUCAAGCGGAAGGUGAUCCGUCUAAUGACAGACAUCCGCAACGCUGAACUGGAUUGGGACUUGAUAUAUCUCGGGAGGAAACAGGUGACAACCGACCCGGAGCAACAUGUGGAUGGUGUGCGUAAUUUGGUAGUGGCUGAUUAUUCGUACUGGACACUGUGCUAUGUCAUCUCCCUGCAAGGUGCCCACAAGCUUCUAAACGCUCAGCCACUCUCCAAGAUGCUGCCAGUCGAUGAAUUCCUGCCCAUCAUGGCUGACACACACCCAAAUGAGGAAUACAAGCACUUCUUCGAGAACAGAAACCUGCGAGUAUUUUCUGUGCACCCUCUUCUUGUGUACCCUACACACUAUGCAGGGGAAUCCAGCUGGCUGAGUGACACUGAAACAUCCACUCUGUGGGACGAUGACAACGUGCACACGGACUGGAGCGGCUCUCAGAAGACUCUUAAAGACCAUCGUGGAGACCCUCGCCACGGGAUGCAGCCCACAACACAUGAUGAGCUGUGAUCACAGGAUGAGAUAUCCUCACCACGGGAUGCAGCCUACGACGCGUAAUGAGUUGUGAUCACAGGAUGAAAUAUCAGAGCGCUCUUAUGGUGCUUUUUCAUAACUUCCCUUUCUUUGACCACUAGGAAAAAGGGGAAGUAGCAGACUGUUACCUCAGGCCUAAUGUUAACCCCUUGCUGGUAGAGGGGUUAUUCUAGUAUUAUUGGAAUAAUGGACGGAGCUGAACAUGCCUUUUCUGUGUAAGAAAUAUUUUAAUAUUUUUUUUUGUGUCCCAUGUUUCUUAAGCGACAUUGUAUAUGAAUCUGUGAAGGGUCCCUGAGCCUCCGAUCUUAUCGCUGCCAGAUAGCAGGUUAGGUGAUCUCAUUCCACUUACCAUGAUAAGUCAUUAGGGGCAGUAAACACGUUGUAGACCGUAAGAUGAAAUUCUUAAUCAUCAAUGGGAAAACAACUUUGGAAUAUUUUACCUUCUUUUAGUUUAUCACACUUGCCCCCAUUCUGACGAUUUCUUCACGCACUGCCAUAUUGUAUGACGCAGCUAUUUCAGUAUGUGUUGUGGUGAUGCACUACAGGUGCAUUUAUUCCUUCUAGAUGUCAGGUACAGCAUUUGUGCGCCCUGUAUCUGUCAAGCGCAAUGUCACCUACAAGCAGCGGAAGUUACACAAAUAUAAAACUUUAUUUAACUAGACAGCGAUGGUAACUGAGAUGAUCAGCAGAUAUUGUAUUCACACCCCCUGCUGAGUCAAUAAGACCACGGAUAGGUUACACACGUGUAGUCAUGAGAGAUACACGGUGCAACUAGAAUAUGACCAUUCAUGAGGAGCAAAUGGUGUUUUACUACUGCCUGAUUUUGAGUCCCUGGAAUACACCUGGUGCUUUGACUUACUUGAUACAUUUAUAAACUGUAACACCUUUUAAUCAGGAUGCGUGUUAUAAUAUUGUAUUGGUAUUCACUUAAAGGGACACUGAACCCAAAAAUUUUCUUUCGGGAUUCAGAUAGGGCAUGAGAUUUUAAGCAACUUUUUAAAAAAAAAAUUUUUAAAUUCUUUUUAUUGAGAUUCAUCACAAGGCAAACCAACAUAAACAUAUCGAGAGUUUUACAUAGAAAUGAUUUCCACAUAUUCGGCUAACAUUUGUUAUAUUAUUUAGACAAAGUGUGGAUAUAUGUCAGUGCAAACACAAAUGUAACAUCAAAGUUAAUGCCAGGUCAGUUAUGUACCUUCAGCAAAACCCGCAUGGCCACUUUUGGGCCCCUUACACAUUCUUAAACAUACUCAAGGAAGGUAACUUCUGAAACUGAGGAGACCACUCAUGGAUCUCUAUUAAGGAAUCUCCAUUUUCUAUUUUUAUAGGGUUCAGGAUCAUUUUAAGAACUGGAAAGCUUAUACAAAACCCUUAGGUUGAGCUAUGUUGAAAUAUUGAUAUAUUAAUAAUAAUGAUGAGGGAACCAUCAUUAUGAACUUUUCAAAGUUAGGUAGUUGGGAGGGGUAGGUAUAGUAGGGCCUCAUAACUAAAAUCAAAGGUAUAGGGAAUAUAGUCUGACACGUCUAUCCUAUGUCGGUGAGUAGGGAAAUUUCAACAAAAAUGCAUUAGAGUAAGUAAUUUCUAAUACGAUCACACAUUUUCAUAGCCAGAGGAAAAAAAUAUGAGGUUUCAAUAGAAUGAUGCCUCCUAUCUACAGAACCAUAGCCAUAACUGUUGGUAUCUUAAAGGCGUUUAGGAUAUACUCCUGGUGCGCCACCCCGGCCGCAGAUAGCCCACCAACAGCAUAAGAUAAGGUGAAGUUACCUCUCAUAAAUCAGUACCCACCAUACUUGUAAAUCAAGAGCCUAAUUUAUGUAAAUAAGGGAAUGCUACAUGUGUCUAGGGUUAUGACUAUGAUGAGCAGACAUAUACUGCGUAAUUUAGCUAAAUAAAGAAGUGUAUAGGGGUAUAUUAGCCUAGCUGGCAAACCUCCUCACCUUAAUAUAAUAUGACUAUGGGACAGACCCAGUUUGUGUUAGGGAGCCAAUCAAGAAAUUUCAAAAUAGCAAAAGAACAGCUUAUCAAAAACCAAGUACACAUAAACUCUAAACCCAUUGCACCCAAAGCUCAAUUGAUGUGCUGAAACCAGAAAAUUUAAAUGGAAAAAUAUUCCAAACAUGUUGAACAGUCAUCCUCAUAACAGUAUCGGCUUGUAUAUGUCUAGUUUUUAUCAAGCACCUAGACCUGAUCUGACAGUGUCCUCCUGCAAUAUUAUUAGGGAGACUCUCCUAGUUAUGUCCAGCCUGACAGUCUCAGAAAUGAGUCUCAUCUGCAGGGCUUCAGUCCCCCUUAGCCUAUUCCCUGCCGGUCAUCAUGCAGAGAGCUUUAUUCGUUACAGCGUCCUGAACACAGGGAGCAAACGUUCCAUGCGACAAUUACUUUUGGGCAGCUUGUUGCAGAAUAGCCUCUGUUGUUUUGGGAGGUUAAGUGCUUCCUACUCAGUACUCUUUCUGCUCCGAUCACAGUCAUGAGCGGGUGGUUAGAAGGUAAUAGGCUGUGAUUGUCAAAUUGUGCAAAUUUGAAGCGGGCCACUCCCUGUGUCUCAGCUUCCUCCCAUGUUCUGGUGAUAGUUUUGGGCAGUUUAUUAGAGGGUAGCAGGCCAGGGGUAUCAAAAAAUGUGUAUGCAUAUGCAAAGCAGGCCCAGCUCUGUCUCUCUAAAUCUUGUGGGGAUUUCUUUGCUAUGUACCGGCCUGAAUCACGGGAGCAAACGCUCCGUGUAGUUAUUAGCUGUGAACGACUCACUGCAGCUCGGUCCCCAUUUCCCUUGGCAGUCAGGAGUUUGAUGUUCGUUUCCCCCUAACUCCAGUCCUGGUUAUAGGAGGGCGAUUAGGCAGUAACAAGCCUGGGCUAUCAAAGAAGAUAGUAUCCUCCUUACGUAGCAAUCGGACGCUGUUAGGGUGCAAUUUCUCCUCUGAGAGCAUAUCCAACUUCAUCCUCUUAUGCGUGGCUCCAUUCGAUAGCUCAGGUUCAGGUAACUGCUUAUCAUCGGGCCAUCUCUCCCUCUGGGUAACUAUCUGACUGUGGGAGUUAUUUGCACCCUCGCUCGCCAGGUCCAAUCCAGGAGGCACAGUUUCUCCACUGCUUUCACUUGGGGGAGCUACAACGGGUACAGGUCUCAAAAAAAAGUCUGCACAGCUCAACUUCUAAACUCCGGUAGUGGUCGCUUAUGUCCUGCAUCAUGUCACGCUCCCAUUUGUUGAGGGCCUCCAUUUUCCCUGUUUGUUAUCUCUUAUUAAAUACAGUUCUUAUGAGGCUCCGUUUCCCAAGCACUUCUGUACCCAAACUCACGGGGGGGGGUCGAUAUCCUGUGGUAAGGCCGCCGCCUAGGAACUCAACGGGACAGAUCUGGGUCCUAUGGAUCAUAAACUCUGCAGGCUUAAUAUCAAUCAAUGCUGCUCACCCUUAACUAGUCAAAGAUGAGGUGGUUAGUGCUGUAUAAUGCAGAUUCUCUGCUUUAAUCGGCGGAUUGAGUAGAUCCAGUUAGGAACAACAGAUAUUGCGACCUUUCAUGGCUGCUGCCUAGCCACGCCCCUCAGCAACUUUUUAGUUUACUCCUAGUAUCAAUUUUUCUUCGUUCUCUUGGUAUCUUAAUUUGAAAAAGCAGGAAUGUAAGCUUACAAGCCGGCCUAUAUUUGGUUCAGCACCUGGGUAGCACAUGCUGAUUGGUGGCUAAAUGUAGCAACCAAUCAGCAAGCGCUACCCAGGGUUCUGAAUUCAAAAUGGACUGGCUCCUCUGCUUACAUUCCUGCUUUUUUAAAUAAAGAUUCAAAGCGAACAAAGGAAAAUUGAUAAUUGGAGUAAAUUAGAAAGUUGCUUAAAAUUCAUGGAUCAUGAAAGAAAAUAAAAUGGGUUCAGUAUCCCUUUAACUGUGCUAAACACUUUGUAUCUCUGUCCAGCCUGUUGCGCACUGGUCAGUCUUCGUGUGAAAAGGGACGAUGAAUACAUUCUGCAGGGUAUUAUUUAUGUUUAUUACACCUAAAAUAACUUGCUGUAUGUGCAAUACAACAAUUAGCAUUAAAGGGACGAGGAAUACAUUCUGCAGGGUAUUAUUUAUGUUUAUUACACCUAAAAUAACUUGCUGUAUGUGCAAUACAACAAUUAGCAUUAAAGGGACGAGGAAUACAUUCUGCAGGGUAUUAUUUAUGUUUAUUACACCUAAAAUAACUUGCUGUAUGUGCAAUACAACAAUUAGCAUUAAAGGGACGAUGAAUACAUUCUGCAGGGUAUUAUUUAUGUUUAUUACACCUAAAAUAACUUGCUGUAUGUGCGAUACAACAAUUAGCAUUAAAGGGACGAGGAAUACAUUCUGCAGGGUAUUAUUUAUGUUUAUUACACCUAAAAUAACUUGCUGUAUGUGCAAUACAACAAUUAGCAUUAAAGGGACGAGGAAUACAUUCUGCAGGGUAUUAUUUAUGUUUAUUACACCUAAAAUAACUUGCUGUAUGUGCGAUACAACAAUUAGCAUUAAAGGGACGAGGAAUACAUUCUGCAGGGUAUUAUUUAUGUUUAUUACACCUAAAAUAACUUGCUGUAUGUGCAAUACAACAAUUAGCAUUAAAGGGACGAUGAAUACAUUCUGCAGGGUAUUAUUUAUGUUUAUUACACCUAAAAUAACUUGCUGUAUGUGCAAUACAACAAUUAGCAUUAAAGGGACAUUAAAAACUAAAAUUGCAUUUUUAAGAUGUUAGCAUAAAAUAGAGCAGUUUAUUUCAUCUAUAUUCUUGUAUCUUAGUUUUUUCUUGGUAGCACAUAUGGGAUUUUGGGUCUUGUUGUUUUCUAUUCUGCCAUACUAAUGUUUUGAUAAAAGGGGCUGGAUAUUGUAGUUUGUGCUAAUCUCUUGCAUUCCAAAGCUUUAUAUGAUCACUGUCUUGUUGCAUUAUAGAUAACACUAACAUUUGUAUUUCUAGAUUCAAAAUUAUUGUGUCUCAGGUUGUAAAUCACAGCAAACUACAAAGUCUGUAUUAUUUUAAUGCAUUUUAUAUUUUAUUAAAAUAUUUGUAAGAAAAACACAA